UUUUAAUCGUUUUUGCGUGUUCAUCAAUAUAAACACUCGAAUCAAUAUUUUUGCACACGCUGAAAAUGAAUUAUUUACCACUGAAUGUAACGUAGUGAUGUUUUAUGUCACAGUAAUGGACGUUAUAUUUGUUGUAAAUACGGCGCAUCCAGUAACGUCUCGUCUCGCUCUUUCUUGAAUCAGUUUAUCGUUAUUGAUUCGGCCCUGACCUUUUAUUAAUAACAAACAAAUACACAAUGAUUUACUGAUUUAAAGCACUCUAAUCAGCACAUGUACGAUCCUGCGGGUCGAAACUGUGUGAACACAACGAGAACACAACAAUGAAAACUUUCACGGACUGUUUAAGAAAACGUUAUUUAGUUUGUGAUCUGUUUUCUUGUGCAGCUCUAUUUGGCUUUUUACAUUAAGGCCAUUAAUUAUCACCCAAACCAAAGCUAGAGAUGUACUUUCUGAUAAUUAUUCUCAUUGUAAACAUGACAGACGUCUGGUGAAGCCACUGAGAUCCAUGCCAUGAAUAAAAAGAUGGCGUUUAUUAAGGAGGAGAAUGAAGACUUGAAGAUUGAAGACACUUUCAGAGUGAAACAUGAAGAUAUUGAGGAACAGACCGAACUGGUAGAGUUGAAAGCGGAGAAGGAAGUACUCAAUGAAGUGAAGGAGGAAAACCGUGCUUUCAUAACUGAAGAAAUAUCUUCUAGUCGCUCACGGCCUGAAAAUACUUCCUCGCGAAAUAUAGCUCAAACGACAAGAGAGGAUUCUGGAGAGAAGCCUUUCAAAUGCCAGCAGUGCGAAAGGAGUUUCCGAUUAAACAAAUACCUUAAGAAUCACAUGAGAAUUCACUCAGAAGACAAGCCCUUCACGUGCCAUGAUUGUGGAAAGAGUUUUUGUCAUAAAGGUAGUCUCAAAACUCACAUGAGGAUUCACACCGAAGAGAAGCCUUACUCGUGCCCGCAGUGCAGAAUGGAUUUCGCAUAUAAACCGACCUUCAACGCUCAUAUGAAAAGUCACACCGGAGAGAACCCUUACACCUGCAAACUGUGUGAGAAGAGCUUCUCGCAAAAGGGAAAUCUCAAAUAUCACCUGAGAGUUCACACCGGAGAAAAGCCUUUCACGUGCCCCGACUGUGGAAAGUGUUUCAGUCAUAAAGUAAGCCUCAAGUCUCACAUGAGGAUCCACACCGGAGAGAAGCCUUACUCCUGCCCUCAGUGCGGGAUGAAGUUUACAUAUAAGGAGUCCUUUGAUAUCCACCUGAGAGUUCACACCGGAGGAAACCGUUACACCUGCAAACUGUGCGGGAAGAGCUUCUCGCAGAAAGGAAAUCUUAAGUAUCACAUGAGGAUCCACACCGGAGAGAAGCCGUUCACGUGUGAGCAGUGUGGAAGGACUUUCAGGUACAAGGUGACCUUAAACAAGCACACCAGGAUUCACUCAAGAGAGAAGCGUUUUAUAUGUCAUCAGUGUGAAAAGAGUUUCACCGACAAGAAAGACCUCAAGAACCACGUGGCGACUCACAUCGGGGAGAAGCCUUUCAUGUGCCCCCUUUGUGGAAAGAGCUUCACGCGUAAAGGAAAUCUGAAGACCCACAUGAUCGUUCACACGGGAGAAAGACCUUUCACGUGCCCUCACUGUGGAAAGAGCUUCAGAUUUAAAGGAAACCUUCAAGCUCACCUGAGGCUUCACACCGGAGAGAGGCCUUACGCGUGUCUUAAGCGUGAGAACGCUUUCACAAAUCGAAAAGACCAGAAAUGUCACGCGCAAACUCGCUCUGGAAAGAAACGGCGUUGUUCGGAGUGUGGCAAGGCGUUUCGAAAGCCGAGCACUUUCAAAAAUCAUCUUCGCAUUCACUCUGGAGGAAGGCCGUUCAGUUGUGACCAGUGUAGAAAAACCUUUCUUUUGCCGUCGCACUUGCAGAUACACAGGAAGAGUCACGCAGGUGGGAGACUUUAUUUGUGUUACUGGUGUGGAACGCGCUUUAAGUGGUUUAGCAAGUUUAAACUGCACCAGAAAGCAAGUGUCUGUGUGAAAUCAAAGCUACGUUUACGCCAGAGCUGAGUGCGCUCUAAAUACAGAGUCCUAAAGUAACUCUGUAACCACAUGUCAAUUAAUUCUCAUUCAUUUGCGAUAUGUCUUCUAACUCAGAGUAGACUAUUUGGGUAGGUUUAGGGUUUGUAGAAUAAGUUGACAUAUACUUGCAAAGUUUGGACCCAUCAAAAUACUGUUUGCUGCCAUUCUAAUGAGAUAUAGUUGCAAAGUUACUUACUGUUAGUAAAAUGACUAUUAAAAUAAAGUGUUACCCGGAUUUUCUUCUCAUUUUAACGGGUGUCAGUACACCGUGUUUUAUUUUGUAUUCGUUACUAAUUUUACUGGAGGCUUUUGUUGCACCAUGUAAAUAUGAGCGGUUGCAGUAAACGGCCUUAUGAAUCUCUCUAUAAUCAGAUCGAUGGCUCGGUCAGGCCUUCAUUCAAUAUGAUUGUAUGUUAUUUAUUUAUUUACAUUUUUCAAUUGAAAGGGGUGAUAGAGACUGAAAAUGGAAAAUAUGUUCUGGAUGUUCAGCUUCCUGGAUUCGUGUAAUUUAAUAAAUAUACUGUAUGUAUGCAAAAAAUGUGCAAAAGUAAUCAGAUUAAAUUAAUUUGAACUGACAAACUGAAAUAAUAGCUAUUGUCCUACGUUAUUUGAGUUUAAUGAGGAAAUGCACAGGUUAAUCAAUCUAGACUUCAAUAACACAAAACAUCGGAAAUAAAAUGUUUCGGAUGUUUAAUAAGAUCAACAGCCUGAGCUAUCUUUUUACAGAUGCCAAAUGUACAGUAAAAUAAAAAUCAUACGGAUUUUCUCAAUUUGCAAGAAACAACUGGAACCCAGAUGGUUGCAAUUUUGUCAUGCAUGUUAAAUUGAAUCCUCAUAUUUUAGGUUAUAUACUUUAUUUGCUACUUCACUCAAAAUAUAGUACAAAGUGGUUAAUGUACAGUACAAAAGGAAAUUUUACUAUCACACAUUCCCUGUAAAUAUCAAAGGUAUGAUAAAUACUCUAAAAAAAGGUCCUUCAGCAGUUCUUUGGCUAUAUAGCACCACUGCCGUAUAAAGAAGUACCUCGUUCACAAUGCUGUUUGUAGCAUCAUGUUGACCAAUCAAACUAUUGUUGUAAACUCCCCCAAAUUUAAAACAGUAAUUCAUUAGUUCUUGCGUGUCUCAUGACCAAAUAUCAUCACAUCAUGAAGCUUGUAGGGUGCUAUUUAAUAUUACGUUUGAAAUAUGCGUAAUUCUUUUCAGCACACUCAAACU